CAUUGUGUCCUAAAAGCAUGCUUUUGGAUUUGCUCGAAAUUUGGAUUUUGGAGCUAUUUUUUUGGGCAUAUUUCUAUUAAUUUCUGAAAUUGAUCGUUGUAGUAUGAAAUGUGAUUGUUCGUAGCUAUCAGUAAGGUGUCAGGAUGACUGGCAUUCAAGAACCUUGGAGAAAGUCAAGGUGGUCCACUAUUGUUGUGUGUAAUAAAUACUGUCCUGGAAGGAAGAGGGCUCGUCCAUCCUUGCAAUGCAUUGAAUGCAAGUCAUUUUUUCAUCCUGAAUGCAUCUUCUUCAAUGCGAGAGAUGCCAAGAAGAUCAAAAAUACAUUUGCCUGCACUAAAUGUCAUCUUGCAAGUGACCCAAACGCUCUGAAGAUCAGGAUCAAAACGGUUGAUUUGUGUCCAAUUUUAAAGCUCUCGUUUGAUUGUCUUUUGGGAAUAUUCUCUUUCUUAUCAUUAACAGAUCUACUAAGUGUUGCCUGUGUGUGUUCCACAUGGAAAUAUGUCGCCGCUCAACCUGUGCUGUGGAAGCGAGUAUCGUUUAACGGUAUUUUUGUCAAAAACUGGACAUUGGCCGAAAAAUAUUUGUUGAUGUUUUCCAUUCAAAGACUGGAUUUUCGGGGUAUUUUUAUCGGAAAGAAAAAAUGCGAAACGUGGCAUAAAAUAACGGAUCUGAUUCAUAACACGGAACACUUGAAGUAUUUGGAUUUUGGUCGCGUGCCCGCUGGCGUACUUCACGAUGUCGUGGGCUCACUUUCGAGUCUUGAGGUGCUUACUGCAGAGUGGAUCAUUGAUGUUGUCAGAGAUAGUGACGAGAGUGAUCGGGAAAAGACGGCCAAGAUAGAUAUUGGCAAAUUUUCUCAUUUGAAAAACUUGAAAGAGCUUCGUCUCCGAGCGGCCUGUGGCUGUGCUGGUCUUCAGCUGCCGAUGUUUGCCUUCAGUCUUGGAAUGUCAAAUUUGAGUGAUUUGACAAAACUUCGAAAACUAGCUUUGACAACGUUCAGGGACCUCGCAGCGCAAGAUUUUGAUUUUUUAACCUCGUUGCCACAGCUCGAGGAUCUUGAGCUGGGAGAUUGCUCAGAAUGGGAAGUUGAGUCAUACGAGAGUUUGGGUAAACUUGCGAAGUUACAACAUUUGAGGCUUGAACGCGCUGGAUCGAUCUCAAGUGAAGGUUUAAUAUGGGCAUUGUCCUCACUAAAAAAUCUCGUCCAUUUGGAAUUGAUCAUGUGCGAAGUUCCCGAGGCAUUUUCUGGAGCCUUGAUUGAAAUGCCCAAGUUGAGAACUCUUUCUGUUUGGCCGGAUACCUUUAGUGAACACGCAUGCCAAGUGAAUACAAACUAUCUCUCUUCCAUCGCUACAUUGGGCCUGAAACACCUUCAAUUAUUAGAUUGGGGCGUUUUAACUACGGAAUAUCAUCAUACGAAAGAUAUCGUCAAAUAUUAUCCUUCCUAUUGCAAAGCACAGGAAAAAGAUAACAGGCCAAUUAUUGAAUUUACAAAAUCACUCAAAGAAUCGCUAUUUGACAGCAUACCAGACCUACAGUUUGUCCAGAAUGGUCAAACUGGAAAUGUAACAAUGUCCGCUGUGCAGUUAAAAAGAAUUUUGAUAAAAAAUUUGCCGUCCACUUACGUGAGAGUUUUACCCAUUCCCAUAAACAUGAUGGAUCGAUUAUAUUUUGUUAUUUGAAAUCAUUUCGGAAAAUUUCUUUCUAUACUUAGGAGAUGUAUUUCCUGGGAUGAAAUAAAUUAUUUUUUAUAUUCUAAAUAGUUAUAUAAUGGCAAAAUCAAUAUGUCCUCUAUCUCUGAAUACACGAGAUUUGUUUCUCGCCUUUUUAACGUUUUCAUCUUUUCAU